GAGGGGGAAGGUUGGUCGCCCUGCCUCUGGACCUUCGUAACUAUUAAUUACAAAGGUUUUCUAUCUGAGUGAAAAAAAGUGCAAUAAUAUGUAUGAUAAUUACAUAAUCAUGUGUUCAACCGUACUCUCGGAAAGUUAGACAAGUGACGGAGCGAAAAGGAAAUCCCACCACUAGGGUCGCUGCUAUGUUGAUGGCAUCAGGAGUGAGUGACCACGACUUCGAUGCGUCCAAGUGGCCAGACGCAUCGCUCUGAGCAUUAGGUGAUCGCCGGAAAGUUGGUGACCAGUGAGCCGGCCGGGACGAUGGACACACUGGCCAGGCCACUGUAGUGCCGCCAGUCAACCAGUAAGCCACAGCCGCUCUGCUUGCCAGCCCAAGAGUGGGAGGGUAUGCCGGCAGGAGGGUCCCGCCACGCAUAGCAGCGCCCGCCGCAGUGAACGGAUGCUUGGGACGGACCGUCAAGGAAACAGGAGACCCAAGUGUGUGUGAUGCGUCUCAACUGCCGUGCUGGUCUCGUUUCCUCCUUGUUAAGUACCGCUUGCGCCGCUUGCGUGUGCCAGCCGUGACGUCACUCAACGCGCGUGCGACCCGUGGCGUCACCCGCUAAAGAUGAUUGACGGGAAGACUCCACCCUCGCUCAGCCCGACGGUGCCCUCCAUGGGGUGCGACUCGAAGACCAGCGCCGAGGAGCCCCCGCGCCCGGUGGUGAAGCGCGCCCGCUGUACCCUCAUCCUGCGACGUGGAGGGCAAGAGAACAGUGCAAUUGGUGUGGCCAGUGGUGGCGGCAGUGUGAUGACAAGCACUGGUGGCACUGCCAAGAUGUCUGUCGUGCCACGUAAUCCCCCCUCCUCCGUGCCUGGUUGCGGGGACACACCCUCCAGGAAGCCUGUGCGAUUGUGUCAGGUGUGUGGAGACAUUGCCAAGUCUCUGCACUUCGGAGGGUUGUCAUGUGACUCCUGCAAGGCGUUUUUCCGACGUUCAGUGCAGAAUGAUGCAUACAAGCACUUUCGCUGUGGUGGAGACCAGAAGUGUGCUAUAUCAAUUGCAUCCAGGAAGUUUUGCAAAUAUUGCAGGUUUGCAAAGUGUGAAAACAUUGGAAUGACAAAGUCCUGGGUGAUGAGUGAAGAUGAGCGAUUGCAACUCAUGAAGACUCGACUCACAAAAAGGAUGAUGUACCAGCAAGGCGGCAGCACCAAUGGAGGCGGAGGCAGUGGUAGUGGUGGCAGCAACCCAGGUGGAAACAGAGGUGACAUUUGUGGUGGGGGACGAGGACCUUCAUCAGGUUCAUUUUCCCCGAGUGAAUGUUCAAAAGAAACGUCCACCUACACCAACAACACUGCCUCAAAGAAUCUGUUGUCUCACAACCAGAAUACCCAUAGCUCCUCUCUCACGUACCACCGACCAUCUCAACCAGUUGAACUAGGAUCAACUGGCUCCUCCCCCAACAGCUCUCCAUCCACUCCCAUCUCAGGGCCUGUUACGCCAAUUCAGUAUGGGCCCAUUCCCCCUCCCUCUGCCCGCCAAAUGGAAACUGUGCAACAUCAACACAUCUCUCCAAAGCAUGAGAGUCCAACAAGAAACAUGUGUCGAGGUAUUAAAAGGGAAAGUGAAGAGGAAAUUGUACCUGUGGAUAGAGUCUUUAACCCAGCCUCUCCACAAUACUUGGACGCCACAGAGGUUGAAAUACUGACACGUGUGAUCAGCAAUAUUAAAUUAGUGGAUCAGCAAUUACCAUACGAAACAAGCAAAACAAUGGAUGUAAUGGCAUCUUACAAACGAUUUGCAGAACGCCUUACAAGAUUUUUAAGACAAUUUCCAGAGUUCAAUUCUCUGCCUCCACUAUCUCAGGGUUUGGCAAUUAAGAAAAACAUAACUGUAAUUGCCCUUGUUUUUGCUUCAAGCUUUAUAAAUGAAGAAACAGGCAGCUACCACAAUAUUCAUAGUCCCUCUCAACCAAUGAUCACAAACAUUGACAUGAUAAAAAAAUCACAAUCACCUGAGGUAUUCACCAAAUUCAAGGAAAUUCUUGGUGUUCUUCGCCAGUUCAGUGUUGAUUCUAGAAUGGCAUACUUAAUUGUUUUGAUAAUUGUGUUGGGGUUUGAAAGUCAAGAGAGUAAUAAGGAAAUCUACCAAGCCAUCUUACAACAUUAUAUAUACUGGAAGUAUGGUGAAGCUUCUGGUAAAUCUCUAUUUGAUGGGCUCAUUCACUCUCUCCAAGAGAUUCGACGUCACUCUGAACUCUUCGAGAGCAUGACAAUACGGCAAAAACCAGGAGUAGGUCUAUUUGCCCAAGGACUUCAUUCUAUUAACAAUAAUGAUCCUCUUGUACUGGAUGUGAAAAGUAAAGUGGAAGCAAUGACAGCAGAGCAGAUACGGCAAAUGUUGAAUGGUAUGGACAUUGAACAAAUGAAGCAGAUGUUACAGGGCAAUGGACUAGAACAAAUGAAACAAAUGUUGCAGAGCAUGGAAUCUGAAACUUCACAAAAUCAGCUUUCUCAUCCAUUAAGUUCAAUAAUUCACUCUCCUCCUCUAUCCUGUCAGUCACCUCACAUGGUGCAAUCUCCACACAGUAUGGUACAUUCUCCUCACUCUAUGCUGCCAUCCCCACACAGUAUGCUGCAGUCACCUCAGAGUAUGAUGUCCCCACAUAGUAUGAUGGAGUCACCUCACAAUAUGCUUCAGCCUUCCUCAUCCCCAGGAAUCUUGCAGUCUCCAAACCUGAGCCAAUCCGUGCAUACUAUGCUUGACAUAUCUAACAGCAUGAGUCAUAGUCCAAACUCUACUGUAACACAGAUCAUUAAUUCUUCCAACAACUUAUUAAACAAUUAUCAAGAUAUGAAACCACCUGGAUCAUUUAUCAACUCUCCUCAAUCUCUGGAACUAUCCCAGAGCCCCAUUGAAAUAUCCAGCCCAUCUCCACAUGCAGUGAAUUUAACUCCUUCACCUGCACCCUACAUCCCAAACCAAGAGAGCUACAUAUUGGACCACCAGCUCUCUGAGACCUCAUUCCCAAACCAUAGGCAGUCUCCACUGGAUGAAAAUGGAUAUUUGAACCCUCCUCUAUACUCCCAAGCACCUUACAGCCCAACUCCUUUAAGCGACCAGUUCAGCAGUGCUUACCAGACACUGUUUUCCCCAUUGCCAUACAAGGAAGAAAAUCAGAGCAUCAGCAACAGUAGCACAGGCAGCAGUGGGGUUGGAGUAAGUUUGACCUCAAGCCUCACCUCCCCACUGUCUUCCCUUAUCACCUCUCCUGCACCAUCCCACUCAUCACUUCAGGAAUCUGACAACAGCCUGUCGAAUUACCAUGAUCCUGAACAUGGAAACUCUUUGGGAGCUGCUCCUUAACUCUUGGGCAUUUAGUAUCUUUUAUUACAAAAAUGUCAUAAAGAUCCAGGCAAGUUCCUGAUAAAGGUUCCAGCUGUAGAAAUCAUUACUAGAUAAUGUUUAUUGUUGUAACUUAGAGCAGAUGUGACAUUUAUCAUAGUAACCUCAUCUCGCAUACUGCCCAAAUCCUCGCUCUAGAAGUUUCAUGUGCAAAAUUCUUAUUUUUGUUGUUAUAGGCAAGCAGAAUAAGAUGCUUAAUAUUAUUGCUAUAUAACAUAGAAGUAGAAAUUUGCAUAUAAUGGUUCUCAAGUGACAGUGAUUUGUACAAUAACCUUCCAACUCCGGCCAUAAACUCAACAACUGAAGUGUAUUACAACAUUACAACAUUAUGUACAGGUUUUAAUGUGCUUGGAAGAUUUGAGUUUAUCCCCCAUAUACCUACUUGUCUUCUACCUCACUCAACAGGUAUCAAGAAUACAAAAAGUGUUAAUAUUUCUGAUUUCUUGUUAUACAUGUAGCUAUUUUCCAGUCAAUACAAUAAACAUGCUGAGCUUACCACUGCUGGGAUAUUUAGAGUAGUAAAUUUCAGCUCAGCCACACAUGCAUACCAAUAAGUUUAUAACACACACAUGUUUCUAAAGUACAUAACCUAACAAGGAUUGACUAUUUUAAGUUGAAAAAUUUGCCACAUGAUAAGCUUACAUGAAGGGAUGAUAUUAAUUGCUAAGAGUACAGUGAUAUCAUUUUUAGCAAUUUUCUAUUAAUGACUUGCUUUGAAUUUCUUUACAGUAAAACUCAGGUAAUUGGGGCCAUGUUCAAUGAGCAGUAGUUUAGUAAAAUAAGUGGUUGCUCAGGUGAAAGUCACUAAAGACCACUUUGUCCAUGUUUAUGAAUAGGACACACUAUUUUGCAGUAUUAAUACAGUGCUAGAUAAACUGUCGGUAUGACAAGGCAAAGCAACCAAUGGAGGGGAGUAUUCUGCCUCCACCGUACAAAGAUGGAUUACACACGGUGAAACUUUUGUAAACUCAACUGAUUAUGGUUUCACUCAUUGUUUAGCAUUCAUCGACCCUUUGAGAUUUUUUCUGUAUUAAUCUACAUUGAUGAAAUAUUAAAGUAUAUUUCCUUAAAAUCACAUGUAUACUAAAUUUGGGGUUUAAGUCAUUUACAUACGUAAAUGUUUUUAGAAAGCAAAUGCUGAUCGUUUGAGUUCUCUGUCAGUAGUUCAACACAUUGGAACACUAAUUCAUUUCAACUCUUGUCAUUUUUUUAUACUAAUGCCAGCACAUAACAGCCAUCACUGCCACUGUAGCAGUAGUCUAUUCCCUUUGGAUCUUCCUGCCAGUCUGACCUGUGCUGUUCAUCAAGUAUGGAAACAAGCAACAAACACUAUAUUAGUGAACAAUGAGGAUUGAUGUUUACAUGACUGACUUACAUAAAUGGUCUCAUAACUUAUAUGGGUUCCUGGGAAACUAGGGAGCUUAACAUACUUCUUUUAUUUGACUGAAAACAUAUAUUUAUUACUAAUUUAUUUACUACAGAAACAGACAGACUGGGUUAAUUUGAAUAAAUUAAUACCAAAGUUUCGCCAAGCCUCAGAGUAACUAAAAGGUUGUCUUGUCAGAAAGGCUCAUCCAUUGUAAAGAUUUUUUAAGCAAGUUUAUAAGAGACGUCCCUUUCAAAUAUGGUUACAUUGCUAAUACAGCACAUAGAUUUCUUGGUCAAAGUAAAUAUUUGAGUAACAAACAUUACAAUAUGUAUACUCUUAGUAUAACCUUUAAAUUGAUCAUCAUGUGGCCAAACUUUCAACUUUUUAUGCUAAAUCUUGUUAGGUGAAUAGGGUUUUAUACAAAAAACUUUUGUUCUCAGUACAAGGUCAUAUGGGAGGUCUAUGAUUCCGAGUGCCUAUUUGGAGCAUAAGUUUUUAUAUGUUUUGAAAAUAUGGAUAGGCAUUCAGAAUGACAUUCCAUAUAUAUUUCCUUGUGUUAGCAAAAUCUCCGAAUAAAUAGGCCCAAUGCCUUAAUAUAUAUAUUUUUUUGUGUGUGUGUCUGGUGAGGUUCAGUAGUUCAGCAGUGCCACACACAGAUCAAGACAGAGAAAGUCUCACAGUCUGGCUGCAGUUUUACAAAUGAACAUGAUGCCAAGGUAUUGAUUUUUAGUCGGCCAACCAUCAGACCUCAAAUACAAUGCCAACAUCCGUUUUCAAGACCCAUUUGAUAGUGCAUGAUGUAAGGCUCACAAACUGCAUUCUUACUUUCUUUUCAGCACUGAACAAUGCUUCCCACUGUAUGGAGUUGUACUCUACAGUUUUUCUUAUAUACAUUUGAUAAGAACUUAAGACAUCAGUCCACCCUUACCUCAACUUUCAAUAAACAAAAAUAAUACAUGUAAUUAACAGUUCAGUAGCAUGGAGAAAAUUUUGGGCUCCUUAUGUACUAGUGGUAAGCAAUGUUUCUUUGUCAGCCCUGAAAAGAAAUUUUUUAAUGUAUUUUCAUAUUGAGUGCAUAUAGGUGACAUAUUCAUGUAAACAGACUUACAUGAUCAGAGAGAAGGGUAGCCUCUAUGUACACAAUAUCAGCACAGAUGUGAAUAUAGAGUCCUGCACCAUUCUUGAGGAUUAGAGAACACAGCCAGAAUUGUGUACAUGUUGGCAAGGCCUUGGGCAGAUGCGAACAGUACUACCAUGUGACCGGCUUGUUGUUCAUGUACAGUGUCUUGUGUUGAAUGCGAAAUUCUGAAUAGAUACAGCCCUGCAUGUGAAUGGUUAGGAAAGUAGUCCAUCAGUAUGAAUACCACAAACUUGAAAAUGCUAUGAGUAUUAAGUCUGAUGAUUUGACAAAGGCACGAUAACCAGGAAGCUGCAGAUUGCUCAUAUUGGCGACUAAAGCAUAAUAUGUAUUAUUACUGCAUCGGCAUGUAUUUUGUUGGACUACUAUAUUACUAGAAAUACAUACAUAUAUCUAUUUUUUGCUGCGUGCAUUUGUUGUAUAUACAGUAUGAACCACAGUUGAUAAGUUUUCAUGGCACAUUUUUCAUCCAAGUAACAAAUGUGUUUAAUGUUUCUAUGAAAAUAAACUAAAUGCAGACUAUUUCAGAAUAUUAAAUUGAAAGUUCAAAUUAAUUUAUUUAGUACUACAUUUUCCAUACUGUAAAUGCCAUGCAGAUUUAUCAGUGUGUAGCAGAUCUUGUGAUUAGAGUAGUUCACCAACUUUCAGGAUCAUUUACAUGGCCCACAGUGCAAGUGAUGCCAAUGGAAUAUGAGCCUCAUAUGAAAAGAUAUGUUAUAUAUUUUCAAGAUUGGUGAAUUAACCUAUAUCAAUGAGGUGUCUUGUUCCCUCCUUGUUAUUGUUCUACAGAAUGUGCUCAAUUAGGCUAACUGCUGUUGUCACACUGCCCAAGGGUGAUCACGUCUAUCCACCUCCUAGGUGACAUGAUUGCUCGGGAAGAGUAUGGUAAUCCAAAUUCUUGGUAGGUAAACUGGUCUCAUUGUUUUCACAUCUUGCAAGAAACAUGUACUACUGAAUCGUAUGCAGUGCUUGGAUAACGUUACUUUGUCUUGUUUAGAACAGGACAAUAAACUCCUUAAGUCAUGUGCCACUUACAUGGCCUGGUCAUUUCAUGGUGUAAAGCUAACUGUCUCAUGAAACUGUUCCUUAGUGAUCUUCUAAAGAUUUCUGUGACCUUGAUCAGGGAUGUAAGAGGCUUGUAAUGUAGAGUUCAAUUGCUGGUUAAUGGGGAAGGUUUUUUCUUUCUCUGAAAAUGCAGCCAUGGCUAAAAGCUUGGCUCUAAACAGUUAUCUCUCACUGUAUAAUACUAAGUUGUAAAAAUGAAUGCAACAGCCAAGGCUAUUGAAUGGAGAAUAGGAGUGUAAUUAGGGUAACAUGACUAGGUUGAACUUGUGGAUGUAAUUUCAUAAUGCUUAAGGUAGGUUGCAUUUCUGUGGUCAUUUCUUCAAUGGCAACUUUUUUUUCAGUUGCCAAGAUCAUGCUAAUCUGAAUGGCCACUGUGAUUGUUGGGUAAGUUUAACCAAGUAUUGUUAUUAGCUGAGUAAGUCUGAAUGAGCACUAUAAUUCAUCAAGCUAAUUGGUAUGUAAUGAAUUCACCAUACGUAGGUGUGCCCAGUGACCCUAAUUCAUCAUGAGGGAGCAAAAUAAAUCAAUUGAUAAUCUUCCUUUGUGCUGAAGCAUCAAUGAGCCGUGUCCGAGGUUUCAUAAUGGCACUGAAGUCUGGCUGAUCAUAACCAUCAUAUAUCUAUAUAUAGAUAU